AUGAAGGCUGUUCAUGUGUUGCUAUGUCUUGCCCUUGCUCAUGGCAUCGGAGCCAGCAUCUUCAAGCACAAAGACCGUCAAACAGACAAUCUUGACUUCGAGCAGCUGAAGCACAUCAAUAUAAUCCAACGGCAACACAGGAACCAGCCUUCAAAUAACGAAUGGCACCAAAACCACCAGCACCACCAACUCCCUGGGCUCAUGCACAGCCACCAGCAAGAACAGAAACAAGACCAAGAGCGCGACCAGCCCGGACCUUCAUACAGAGAAGGUCUUGAAAAAACGCAGAACUCCCAGGAGCAACAGUACCGGCACUAUGAAAACUAUGAACAACCAUCAUAUCAAAUGAAGCACCAUUCUUCGUCUGCUCAACAGCUAGAAGAACAAGUCAGAAAACAGUACUCCUCCUACAAACAGCUACAAAAUUCUCAACUGAACCAACAAAAUCAUCGUCGUUCAAUCUCUUCCUCCAGCGAAGGUUCUCAAAGCUCCCAAGAAUCACAAGAAUGGGGUCAAUACAACGAUAAUGUCAAGCCAAAUCUUAAUGAUGAGAUCUAUAGGUGGAUACCCCAAGACCCGGCUUCGAGCCUAGAAAACCAGAACAUUGCUAAACACGAUGUCAUCGAACGCAAAGUUCAUAUGGGUGUCAGUUCCAGCAUUUCAGUUCAAGACAAAGAAGAACUUGAAAAGAUUUUUAGUGAUGCCCAGAAAGCAAUGAAACAACUUAGUGAUGACGAAAAAAUGCAAUUCCACCAGUCACUCGAACACGCCAAGCUACAACACAACGAAGACGCUGAGGCCAACGCUACCCAGCUGGUACGAAAAAAUCGGUAUCUCGUGGAGGAACAUAUUGUCAAGACCGAUGACGGCUAUAUUCUUACUCUGUUCAGAAUACCCUCAAACAUUCAACCACGCGAUCUUAAGAAGAGGCCAGUAGUCUUUUUGAUGCACAGUAUUGACGGAAGCGCUGAUGAUUGGCUCCUGAUGGGCCCAAAAAAAUCUCUUCCCUACUUACUCUCUGAUGCUGGUUACGAUGUAUGGCUCGGUAAUGCUCGCGGCAACAAAUACUGCAAGAAACACGUCAGCAAGCACUCUGCUGUUUCCGACUUUUGGCAAUACAGUAUUGAUGAGAUUGCCCUUCACGACUUGCCAGCUAUGAUAGACUACGCACUUGAAACUACAAAACAAGAGAAGUUGUUCUAUAUCGGCCACUCUCAGGGAAGUACUGCUUUCUUUGCGCUCACCGCUACUCGUCCAGAAUAUAACGACAAGAUCAUCAUGAUGUAUGCCUUGUCUCCAAUUGUCUACAUGAACAAUACUCGCAGCCCAUUGUUCCGUAUGAUGUCUCCUUCAAGCCAUUUCUACAAUCGUCUGAAACAACAACUCGGAAGUGGCCCUUUUACUCCUAACAAGAAAUUAAUCCGGGCUGUGGGAGGCGCUAUGUUGGAGGCACAGACUGGCUGUAAGGAUGUGUCCUCAAAUAUAAACUUCGUCAUGGCUGGUGUUAAUUUACACGUCUCUGAUGCUCAACUGAUGUCUGUUGUCAUGCGCCAUUUGCCCGCUGGAACUUCCAGUAAGGUGAUCAAGCAAUACGGUCAGGCUGUCGCUUCGCAAGAAUUCCGAAGAUAUGACUAUGGCCCCAAGAUUAACGUGAAUGUGUAUGGUAAGGAACAGCCUCCCAAGUACGAGAUGGAAAACGUCAAGGUCCCUGUAUCACUGUAUUACAGCGAGGACGACUGGCUGGCCCAUCCGAAAGAUGUUGAGAGAUUGGAGAAGGAGCUACCCAAUGUAAAAGAAACCCACAAGGUAUCUGAAGAACAUUUCGGUAACAUGGACUUCCAGUUUUCGACCAAUGCUCCGGAGAUGGUGUACAAGAGUCUUAUUGAAUCGAUGCAGAAAAUCGAGGAACAUGUGUCAACGACUAUAGUAUAA